GUGGAUAAUUACGUACUCAAAGUUUGAAUUAGUGUUAAUUAUAAGUUGAAGUUUGUUACUAAUACUCCAAUAAUUACAAUUAUGCAAUCGGCAAAAGCAAAAGGGAAAACGCAAAAUCUUAUCCUCAGACCACAUAGAAAAAUCAUCAAAGCUAAAGCAAUUUUCAAGAAGAUGAUGAUGAAACAACAAUGGCUUCUUUCACAGAGUCAAUUUCUAUAUGAUCCUUUCAAAUCUGGUCAUGUCAAAUGUAUUUUCUUGGAGUCUGGGCAGUUCAGUAGUAAAUGGGGAAAAGCUCUACCGCAGAAGCUUUUCUACAGACAUACCAAGAAAGGUGCAAGAUGCAUCCAUAUUGAUUUCGAGGAUAUUUUGCAGUUCAGACACCCUGCAGCAGCAUUAAUCGUGACUAAUGCAUUGAUGAUGACCACACCUUUAGACGCCUUGGCUCAAACAUGUGAAGCCGAUACUUCUGUUUCCAAUAUGCCAUUAUUACUUCUUGUUGCCCUUGUUGGGGCCACCGUGGGAGGACUACUUGCACGUCAGAGAAAAGCGGAACUGCAGCGGUUAAAUGAGCAGCUCCGCCAGAUUAAUACAGCGCUUAGAAGGCAAGCCAAUAUAGAGUCCUAUGCACCUACCUUAAGUUAUGCUCCUGUUGGUGGUAAGAUUUCAGUAAGUGAAGUGAUUAUUGAUCCAAAAAAGGAGGAAUUAAUUUCUCACUUGAAAAGUGGGAAGAAUUUUCUGAGAAAUCAAGCUCUAGAAAAGGCUUUUUUGGAGUUUAAAACAGCUCUUAAGCUUGCACAGGACCUAAAAGACCCUAUAGAGGAAAAGAAGGCAGCGAGGGGCUUAGGGGCAUCGUUACAAAGGCAGGGCAAGUACAAGGAAGCGAUUGAAUACCACUCUAUGGUUCUUGAUAUCUCGGGAAGAAAUGGGGAGGAGUCUGGCAGCACAGAAGCUUAUGGAGCAAUAGCUGAUUGCUAUACCGAGCUUGGAGACAUAGAACGAGCUGCAAAAUACUAUGACAAAUACAUUGCAAGGCUACAGAGUGACUAAGCCAUCUACAGAAAGACUCAUGCAUAUCUUUCUGUUGCGGAAAUUUCUUCAUGUUCAUGCAUUUCAAGUAAAAUGUUUAGAAGUUAGGUCCUUUCUCUUGGUGUAUUUCUCUCUUGCAUAUAUCAUUCACUGGUUUCUUCUGUUUUUAGCUUUGUCUGUUACAUUUUUGGCGUCUCGAGGGUGAACUCAUCACCGAUAGCUGGUAUUCAGAAUUGUCAGCUUAAUUUACAUGUGAAAGUUGGAUUUGGGGAAA